GCUGGAGCUGCUCUGCUCUUGCUCAGGCUGGUCCUGAAAGGAGCUCAAGCACAAGUUGCGCAGGUCCUACUUGUACCUACUUGGGAAGAGAGUCCAGUCACCAGUACCUAGUCUUGAUAGAAAGCAGUGCUCAGCAAGAUCAGCCACUUACAUUUGCAGCUUGCACUUAAGGCGCUGCUGAUUUGAAGACCUUAGCUGGCCGCACGGCUCCAUUAGUUGAGGCAGAUUGGGACGGCGGCCUCACCGCUGCAAGGCAGCUGCAUAAAGUUGCGACGCAAUGAAGAUCAGCUACUUUGGGCCUGGCUUUUCUACUUGAGUCUCCAUUGCAAGCUCCAAAUUAGCUGGGCUGCUACAGGCUGAAGGAGCUCCUUUAUAAGGCAGCUUGAGAGGCUAGAACUCUGACCCAUAUGAAAGGGUUUCCUCUUCGCCCCUCUUCAGCAGCACGUAUGCAAUUCACGUCUCAGCUCUUCUAAGUUGAUGAUUCUGCUUCCGCAAUGAUAGUGUGUGUAGGAGUUGUGGGCCAAGCGAACAACCCCCUUUUCAUUCAGAGCUACACGGAGGGAGACGACGCGCUGAAGUUUCACCAUGUAGUGCACUGUGCCCUUGAUGUCAUCGAAGAAAAAGCCACCCCAAAGAAAGGCGGGACGGGCUACAACGAGACUUACCUGGGUCUGCUGUAUCCUACAGAGGACUACAAAGUGUACGGGUAUGUAAGCAACACCCGUGUGAAGUUUAUCAUGGUGUCUGACGAUUUGGACGCCAAAGAAGCGGAUGUAAGAGGGUUUUUCAAGCGCUUCCAUGCAGCGUAUGUGGAUGCCGCCCUCAACCCCUUCCAUGUUCCCGGCAAGAGGCUAGCGUCGCCGACGUUUGCUGCACGGGUGAAUGGCAUCGUCAAUGGUUUUGGCAAGAGCACAGCUUGAGCAUCUUUUGUUACAAUGACAAAUGCAAGAUUACAAAGCCUGGCCGCACUGUCAUCAAAAUGGGCAUGAUUAAGUGCAUGAUGUGCAACUGCGUCAAGCACAUCGGUUCUACGCCUAUUUUAACCUUCGAGUCGAGUGCGUUCCAAAGAUCAGUCGUAAUCUGCUCAGAUUGGUCCAUGUUUUCGACCACAAACCAAUGCUUCCCCACGCCACUUAUAUAAGGUUGCGCCGUUGUGGUAAGUGGAGGGUGAGUGGGGUCGAUUGUUGACCGCGUGUCCAGACCGUAAAUGGAAGACUUGAUUGGUAGACUCUCUGUCUUGCCAGAGCACCAAGCUUGUCACUCCCCUGCUCGAUCGGGUUCGAAAGGGUGAGUCGGUGCCAAUCUCGUGACUCGUCAUUGAAGUCAUGCAGCUUUUCAGCUAGUUGAUUUCUCAUAUGCGCC